AUGUAUCCUAGUUAUGCUAGGAUACCCCAGUUUGAUGAAAGGUUUACACCUUAUGCAUCUAAAUAUUCAUUAUAUCUAUAUCGAGAACAAGGUAAAGAUUUAAAGCCAACGGCGAAAAAUAAUUACAAGUUGAAUGGUAUACCGGUAUUGUUUAUACCAGGGAAUGCUGGGAGUUAUAAACAAGCUCGAUCCAUUGCUUCUAAAACAGCCAAUUUGUAUUUCAAUAAUGAAUAUAAUGGACCUAAUACAAAUAUCCAAAAUAUGGAUUUUUUCACCGCUGAUUUCAAUGAAGAUUUCACAGCUUUCCAUGGAAGGACGAUGUUGGAUCAAGCUGAAUAUGCCAACGAAGCGAUUAAAUUUAUCUUGAGUUUAUAUGAAGAGAACAUCACGUCAGUAUUGAUCAUAGGACAUUCUAUGGGAGGUAUUGUUUCGAGAGUUUUGAUGACCUUACCCAAUUAUAAACCCCAAUCAGUCAAGUCUAUAAUAACAUUGUCGUCACCACAUAGUAAAGCUCCUUUGACUUUUGACAGAGAUAUCAUGAAAAUCUAUCAAUCAAUAAACGAAUUCUGGAAAUUGGGUUAUAGUGAUAAUGAAGAUUCCAUAAGUAAGGAGGCUCAGAAAAGAUUGAAGGAUGUUUCUCUUUUUUCAAUAACUGGUGGUUUAUUGGAUAAUAUUUUACCAGCAGAUUAUACUACAGUUGAAAAUCUUGUACCCAAAACCAAUGGUUUCACAGUAUUCACAUCAGGAAUUGAAGAUGUUUGGACUUCAAUUGACCAUUUAGCUAUUGUUUGGUGUGAUCAAUUAAGGACAGUAAUUCUGAACAUGUUGUUGGAUAUGAUUGACCCUUCUGUGGAAGAAAAGGUAAAGCCUUUGAAUGAGAGAAUGGAAAUAGCUAGACACCAUUUACUUACCUUUCAACCAAUUAACUUAAUUGAAAAAGCACAUGAUUAUGAAAAUUAUAAUUCUUAUCAAGGUGACGUUGCUUUAAUGUCUAAAAAACCUGUAAAUAUAGUGGCAUGCAACGAAACCAAUAGUUGUUAUGAUGUCAGUACUCAAAUAUCCAAAGUCCCAAAUGGUUUAUAUGCUAUGAAAUUACUGUACCCACAUGUUUACAUAUCCAAUGAAGACGUGACAGUAGGAACUUCACAGACGAUUAAUGUGGAUGUAUUAGCUUUCAAAACCAUUAAAAUCCCAAACACUCUAUUAUCAACCAUAAAUUUGAAUGUCGAUAAUAGUAUCAUAUCUUAUGAUAUUAAAUUCUCCUCUCCAGUGGUGACGAGACAGUAUAAUACCAUAGAAACUAAAUGGCAUGAUUCCCAAGAAUUCAAUUUAAAUUAUCAUGGUUCAGCUCCUUUCAUCUCAUUUAAUGAAAAUUUGAAACUUGAUGUUUGGAAUAUGGAAGAUAAAGACUUAACCAUGCACAUAUCCAUCAAUCCAUGGGUUUCAAUGAAAUUGCUCAUUAUAAGGUUUAGAUUAACUAUCAUAUCUUAUGGAUUGGUGGUGGUAUUGAUGGUGUUUUUGAAACAAAUGAACGAGGAUAAAUUUCCUAGUUUCAAUAAAACCUUAGGCGAGUUAUUGACCACCAAGAAUGUCAUGAUGUAUCUUGUGACAAGCAUUAUCAUCAAUAUGUUAAUCAACAUUCCCUUGGUCAAUAAACUCGUGAAUUUAGUGUUCCUUGAGAAUGAACCAUUAUUGAUACUUGGAGUUAAGAACUUCCAAAUCUUGAAUAUCAUGUUCAUGAUACUUUCGGUUACGUUCAACUAUAUUUUCAGUUAUGUUCUAGAAUUCUUGUCAUCAAGGAAAGUUCCUACACCUGGCCAUUCCAAAAGAUUUAGAAUGAUUGUUAGCGGGAUUUUACUUCUUUUGACAUUGAUUUACUUACCUUAUCAAGUCAUAUACAUUAUAUGUUUCUUAGUUCAAGGGUUCAAAUUAUUCAAGAAGAAUUCUCAUUUCAACAUCACCAUCUUCUUAAUGAUGUUAUGGAUAAUACCAAUCAACGUCCCUAUCAUCAUUGUUUUGAUUCAUAAUAUUUCCAUCAACUGGAGAACUUCAUUCUCCUCACAUCAUAACAUCUUAUCAAUUCUUCCAAUAUUCACCUUCACCAACCUUUACAAUUAUAAAUUCAAACCAUCCCCAUUAAUCAAAGCAUUCGUUUGUUAUUGGAUAGGUUAUAAUUGGCUUUAUGGAUCGAUAAACACAUUUUUCAUGUUCCAUUUAUUCAAUUAUUUCUGUGUGUUAUUGUUGAUAGAUUAUGGAGUAGAGAAGUACUUAUAA